AUGGAGGAGCUUGGAUGCCUCUGUGUGUUGGACGUGAACGUGUGCGAAAGUGAAAGAAUGGGUCACCAGCACAGGCUGACCGCAGCCCCAAAACGUCUGGCCGGCCUUCAAGCAGACGAGGCGAAACGAUCUGAAAGACAAGACUCUGAGUUGGACACAAGUCAUUACGUGGACAUGGAGGCCGCGUACCAACCAGACGAGGCACAGGCACAGGGCGACCAUGAUCCUUCGAUGAGCGAAACGGACGGUGAGAUAGGAGGGCUUGGAGAAGAUACCUUUGACUCAGAUGAGAGUCAGUACGUGGACAUGGAAGGCUCGUACUGCCCGCCAGAGGUCGUCUACUUUGAGGCGGAACGCGAUCAACAACCAGUGCUCAAAGCCGCCACAUUGACCCAAUGGGCUUUGCUAACUCACCUAGUGGAGCGCUUUGAAGCCCAUCUUCCCAGACCAGACAUGUCGGGCGAUGAGCAAAAGGUGGCUUCUUGUGUACGCUCGCGCGUGCUGUACAACGGCGAUUUCUUCCAGGAUGUUACGCUCGAGGACCGUCUGCGCCGUUUCAUGCAAAAUCAAGAAGCACACAUGGACCCACAGCAGCGAGAUGCUGUCCUCAAAUUGCUUGCACAGCGGGUCGAAAACCUGGCCUCUGUGGAGUUGCGGCGCCCCUCACGUGCACGCCCAUCUGUGUCUCGAAAUGUGGCGCGGACUUUGGCAGCACAGUCGUAUCAUGACAUUAGUCUGACCGACCUCAAACCCAUGGCAAUUGCAGAGCAGCUCACCUUGUGGAUGUGGCGCUCAUACGCUCGUGUACGGCCAACAGAGCUCCUGAUGAAAGAGCGCGGAGAGCGGACGCCCCACAUCAAUUCCAUGACGAUCAAGACAGAAAAGGUGACACACUGGGCUUUGGGCAUGGUGUUGAUGACCCGGGACCCGACGCAGCGCAUGCGUAACUACAAGUUCCUGAUCCGACUGGCAGAUGCUCUGUUACAGCUGGGCAACUUUGAGCUGGCCAAGGGCGUGGCAGUGGCGGUCGACCACACUCUGGUCGUUCAAGUCAUUGACGAGGUCAAAUAUUCGCCCGUGCAGCCCAAGAUGAGCAAAGCUUUGUCCAGUAUACAGAAGAUCGCCAUUGACAAAGGCCCCCACCUCUUGGAGCGACUGCAAAAUCGCCACUGUGAGCAGUUGCCUUGCAUUCCGCCUCUCUUUGUCUACAUGCGCAACCGAGCGAUUUGCGAGGAGAAGGCAAAUGCAAAACGCCCUGAGUACAUGCCCGAGGGCAUGCUCUUCGUGCACAAGUACCGCAUGAUCUGCGAGCACGUCCGGGAUGCGCUCAAGUUCCAGCGGUAUGAGUAUGUCAUUGAGACCAAAAAUAGCAUCCAGGAGUAUCUGGACACGCGAUUGAUGCCCAACAUGACGAGUGAAUUGGCUGAGAGCAAGUUUGAGGAGUGGAACCGGUUAUCAUACGAGCUGGUGCCUUCAAAGCGCGGGUCUAAGGCGAUCUCGGGCAGCAUUGAUGAAACAGCCUCGGCCUAG